CAUUUUUUAUAUAAAAACAACGGAAUCUGUUCCUUUUCGCAACAGUUUUGCUUCGAUUGUGUCCGAAUUCAAAAAUGUACAAAAUAUUGCUUUUAGUUGUUUUGGCUGUCGUGAGCGUACAUUCACAUGGACGUCUCUGGAGACCAAUAAGUCGAUCAUCAGUCUGGAGAGAUCCAGCUUUUGCGUCGCAUAAUCCACCACAAAAUUGGGAUGAUAUCCAACUAUGGUGCGGUGCAGCACAUCAACCUGAUAACCCUGGAAACAACUGCGGUGUCUGUGGUGACCCAAUUGGACAAGGUAGACCAAGAGACAACGAAGUUGGAGGCCGAUGGGAUAGAGGAAUUAUCACUGGAAGAUACACCGCCGGACAGACCAUCAACAUCGAAGUACAACUGACAGCUGCUCAUGCUGGAUUCAUGGAAUUCAGAUUGUGUACCAGUCCAAUGAAUGGUGGAGAAACUCAAGCUUGCUUCAACCAACAUCUUUUGCAACGAGCUGAUGGAGGUGGUUCCCGAGUGAAUGUUGAUGGACCACGCACAUACAGCCAACAAUUCAGACUUCCAGCUAAUGUUCGAUGUGCUCGUUGUGUUAUGCAAUGGAAUUACAGAGCCGGAAACAACUGGGGAACUGGCGGAGCCUGUGCACCAGGAGUAUCAGGAUUGGGAUGCGGACCUCAAGAAACCUUCCGUGGUUGUGCUGAUGUUACCAUUACAUAAAUGUAAUAUCGAGUUCACUUCUCAACCACUUGUCUCUUGACUUUUUUUCGGGGCAAAGUUGAUUUGUUUUAGCUUUGGUCUAAGAUUUUUGAAUAAAAUUUAACUUUUUUCGCAUUAAA